UCCUGGUUCCUGGCACAAGUAACCAAUGUAUGGAGCUCCGGCAUCAUGGACAUUGAAGCAUAUUUUGAAAGAAUUGGUUAUAAGAACUCUAGGAAGAACUUGGACUUGGAAACACUAACUGACAUUCUUCAGCACCACAUCCGGGCCAUUCCCUUUGAGAACCUUAACAUACAUUGUGGGGAAGCCAUGGAGUUGGGCUUACAAGCCAUUUUUGAUCAAAUCGUGAGAAGGAACCGGGGUGGAUGGUGUCUCCAGGUCAAUCAACUUCUGUACUGGGCUCUCAGCACAAUCGGUUUUGAGACCAUAAUUUUGGGAGGAUAUGUUUACAUAACUGCAGUUGACAAAUACAGCAGUAACAUGAUUCACCUUGUACUGCAGGUGACCAUUGGUAGCAGGAAGUACAUUGUUGAUGCUGGGUUUGGACGCUCCUACCAGAUGUGGCAGCCUCUGGAGUUAAUUUCUGGGAAGGAUCAGCCUCAGGUGCCUUGCAUCUUCCGCUUGAGAGAAGAGAGUGGCAUCUGGUACCUGGACCAAAUCAGAAGAGAGCAGUACAUUCCAAAUGAAGAAUUUCUUAAUUCUGAUCUCCUGGAAAAGAAUAAAUACCGAAAAAUCUACUCCUUUACUCUUGAACCUCGAACAAUUGAAGAUUUUGAGUCUAUUAAUACAUACCUGCAGGAAUCUCCAGCAUCUGUAUUUACAAGCAAAUCAUUUUGUUCUUUGCAGACCCCAGAAGGGGUUCACUGUUUAGUAGGCUGGACCCUCACCUCCAGGAGAUUCAAUUAUAAGGACAAUAUAGAUCUGGUAGAGUUUAAGACUCUGGAUGAGGAAGAAAUAGAAGAAGUGCUGAAAAAUAUAUUUAAUAUUUCCCUGGAGAAAAAGCUUGUGCCCAAACAUGGUGAUCGAUCUUUUAAUAUUUAAGUUAAGAAACAAAAUAAACCUCUCUAUAUUAAUCAGCCAGCUCACCAGUUAUCAACUGAUGACCUCUCAUAUUUCCUCUAACCCCCUACAUUAUUUUGAAGAAAAUUCUAGACAUCAAAUUAUUUCACCCAUAAAAAUGUCAGUAUAUACAAUUAAAUAGCUUUUUACAGAAGCAUAAGCACACACCUCUUCAAAUUAAUAAUAAAGGCAGUGUAAGGUUAGUCUGUGGUAAUCUUGGGAACCAUAGUGGCUUAUGCUAGAAAACUUUCAAUAUUGGGUUACUGUUGAAUUCCUAGAAGAUUGUUGUUGGUGAUAGGUAAACAGAAUGUUAUGGAAAAACUUACUGUUUAUAAAGUAUAUUAAAACAUUGUUGGCUAAUA